GCAGCAUCAAGUGCCACCUUUUUGGCCACGGUCGCGCCUGCAUUGCUGUUCUGCUGUGCAAUACCAAGCGACUGAGAGACUGCGAGGAUAAGAACGUAGUCUUGCUAGAAGCGACAAGCACAGCGCGCCACGUGUACUCAAAUGAUUGGUGAUUCGAUAGAACGACGCUGUUGACAACGGCCACUUGAAACGUUGCGUGAGAUCGAUGGGGGGUACGCAGUCGGCGCCGGUCACGGACGCGACGCCAUUCUCCGUGGUUCCGUCCGCUCCGGCGAUCCCCAAGGCGCUGCGGACGUCGGUCGUUGGCGAGAACGAGGACGGAGCAUUCUCUCGGGCGGCCAAGCUCGCGCAAGCCGCGCCGCAACUCUCCAUGGUGCGUCCGCACCUGUUGAUCGCCGGCCACCGCGCGCAGUGGCCAACUACAGGCGACUACGCACUGAUCAACUGCGCACGCGAAGCGCUCUUUCCCGACGACUGCGUUCCGCCGGCACAUGUCCGACCGAUCCUGUCGCUGGCGCUGCGGGACGGGCCGAGCCAAGAGCUAUUGCCGUUCUUGCCGCGCGUGCUCGCGGCCAUGGCCGAGGCUCCGUGCACCGUCGUGGUGCUCUGCCAGCAAGGCGUGUCGCGGUCCUGUUCGUUUGCGAUCGCAGCGCUCAUGUGCAUCGAAGGCCUCUCGUACGCCGACGCCUUUGCGAAUGUGAAAGCGGCCCGCUCGAUCUGCAGCCCCAACCCAGGCUUUCUCUGUCAGCUCCUCGAGCUCGAGACGUGCCGCAUCGACCGCACCAAGCGGCCGCAUGUCUAUUGCUACGGCCCCCACGGUGCACACGAUGCUGAUACGUGGGUGCUCACCGCGUGUCGUGUGCCCAAUACGCGCAGCGCCGCUCAUCCGACACAAGUUGAGCGCCACCCCAAGGCUCUUUUCGCCUACUGCGCGCCGGAAGCCGUGUAUGUGUGGUGCGGUGCGGCCGCCGAGGUGUCCCGCGUCGCUUCGAUGGAGCACGAGAUUCGCGAGCUCUACGCGCGGGUAUGGAACGAAGCGUGCCCGCGGAUCGCACUCGAAUACGAGGGUCGGGAGUCGGCAGACUUCCUAUCGCUGGUGCCAACGACAUCCGAGAUAGCCUUUGCCUACGGCUGCUACGACCUGGUUGCGCCACCACCGCCGCCAUCCCUCGGUGUCGAACCAGAGACCGUCGACACCGCCAGUGUCGUCUUAUCAGUGGCGACUGAUCUCGAUGGACCGUGGGAGGUACUGCGCGAGUACGACAGCAGCGACUUGGUGCCCGACGCGAUCGCUUGGCUGCAGUUAGCCUCGACGGCGUUCGUGUGGCUUGGCGCCGACCUUCCGGCCAUGCCCAAUGAUGUCGUUCUCGCCAAGCUAUCCGCCGCUGGAGCCAUCGGGCUUCUCACGAUCGUCCGCCAAGGCGACGAAGGCGAGGCUUUCUGGGACGCUUAUGAGAGCGGCUACUGAUCCCGCAAAGAUCUGAUACCGCGCGUAAUGAAAUCAACUCAUGAUCUGACUCGGUGGUGAAGCUGGGUUUCUUUUGUGGCAAGAUCCAUCCGAUGCGUCCGACAUAGGACACAUGAGUGCGUCCUUGGCCUGUCAGCGACGUGGUCGCCUCCCACAUUGCGUGUGUCUCUUGGCCGCGGUGCGGCGACAAGCAAUCGGCGGCGCGUCAUGAAUCAGAGCUCAUGAUCGCAACAAAGUGACAGGCGCCUCGAGAUGAUCCGCCGCUGCCGUGCCAUGCCUGUC